CUGACCAGCGCCGCCGCGCCGACCCAAACCUCGCGCACCGGCGGCAAGGGCGAUACCCGCGUGGUCGAAGUCCCGGACGCCCGCCUGCAAACGCUGGCGGACCUGUACAACCCUCGCAAGGUCACGCCCGCCGUGAUGUCGUUUGUCGAUCCCGUCCUGACCGGCCAGACGGGCGCGCAUUUCGCCGAAAGCCUGCUGACCCUGAUGCGGGACGCCGACGCCCUGGCCCACGUGGUGGGUGUGUUCGGCGACGACGUUGACCCGUUGGGCGAUUUCAAUGACCUCAACAACGAGGUGUUGCUGGCCGAUCUCGCCGUGGUGGAAAAGCGCCUGGAGCGGGUCACCAAGGACUUCGGGAAAAUGAAGCGGGCGGACCUGCAACGGGAGCAACAGUUGCUACGUCGCUGCCAGGAAGCUCUGGAAGCGGAAUGCCCGCUGCGCCGUCUGCCGUUCAGCGAAGACGAGCAAAAAGUUCUGCGCGGUUUUGGUCUGCUGAGCAGCAAGGCGCAGCUGGUGGUGCUCAAUCUCGAUGAGGCCCGCCGCCCGGCCGCCGAAGCACUGGCUGGGAAUUUCAGCGAAAAGUUGGCGGAUGACGAUGUGCAGGAAUCUGGUCUUGACCGCUUCAUCCGGGCCUCCUACGCGCUUCUUGGCCUGUGCUCGUUCUUCACGGCCGGCGAAAAAGAUGUGCGCGCCUGGACCAUCCCGCACGGUGCUGUGGCGCAACAAGCCGCCGGCGUCAUUCACUCCGACUUGGCCCGUGGCUUCAUCCGCGCCGAGGUUAUCCAUUUCGACGACCUGGUGGCCAGCGGCUCUAUGGCCAAGGGCCGCGAGGCCGGCAAGCUGCGCAUCGAAGGCAAGACGUAUCCGGUUCAGGACGGCGACGUCCUGACCAUCCGUUUCAACGUGUAG